CAAGAGUCAGAGCUCUCCAUGGACGCCGAGGUCAGCAACGGUUCAGGCCUCGGGAGUGAGCGCAUCACAAACCUUCUAGUAUUUGGCUUCCUCCAAAGCUCCUCUGAUAAGUUCCAGCAGGAGCUAGACACAUUGGGCCAGGAGCUGUUCGAUGGAGCCUUGCUGCAGGCCUGCCAGGACGAUGAGCUGCAGACGGAUGGCAACCGGGCCAGCCACUUCUGCGAGAGAAUAGAGGCAGAUUCCGACAGUCAAGAGGAGAUCAUCCAGAACAUUGCCAGGCACCUGGCCCAAGUGGGGGAUGAGAUGGACCGCAGCAUCCACCCGGGGCUGGUGAACAGCCUGGUGGUGCAGUUUAUGAACCGGAGUCUGAGUGAGGAAGACAGAAGGAACUGCCUGGCUUCUGCCCUGAAAGACUUGGGUCAGGCCUACCCUAAAGAUAUGGAGAUGGAGAAGGCCACGCUGAUAAUGGCAAUGCUGUUGGCCAAAAAAGUGGUCAAUCACACACCAUCCUUGUUCCGUGAUGUCUUCUGCACAACAGUGAACUUUAUUAACCAGAACCUACUCAUCUACGUGAGGAACUUAGUCAGAAAUGAGAUGGACUGAAUAGGUCCCACAGAAGCAGGACUGGCUGAAACUCCACAGAUCAGACGGAAGCACAGCCACAGUACUGCCAAAGGAGAAGGAGCUGUGGCCACAUAACCAGGCAGCUUGGAGAGGACCAGUCCUGGACAGGAGUCACUUGCCCCGGUUCUCAGGGUGAUGCUUCAGGGCUGGUGACCCAUUUAGACAUUUCUGCACUGUGAUACUUGAGUGAAAAUGAAAACGUUAACUUACAUACAUCUGAAGGGGACUCCAAGACAUCUCCAACAUCUACAACCUGGUGCCUUUCUUAGCUCAGCUGUACAGGUUCUCACUGGAAAAUUAAAUUUAAAAAGCAGGUUGUAAGGCAGAAGGAAAAAAGCCACAAUGUUUUUCUUUUUAAAAAAGUUACCGUUUAAUCUUUGAAGUACAAUGGGGCAUGGUCUUACAGCAGUCACCUGUUUUAGGAGGGCAGG